AACAAUUCUACAGUAGAUACACUGCACUCUCCCUCUCUCUCUCUCUCUCUCUCCAAAUCGAACAGAUGAUUUCCUUCCUCAAAGCAAUUCAAACUCCUUUCACUCCCACCAAGCAUGCCUUCUUCUUCUCCAGAAGAGUAAACUCCAAGAGAAACUCCUCCAACCUUACCCUCUGCAAAGCCAAUGAAUCGGAUUCAGAAGCCCCACCACCUGAAGGAGACACUCGAAAGCAGGAAUUGCUUGCCAAAAUUGCAAUGCUUCAAACACAAAAAGUUCGACUCACCGAUUACUUAGACGAGCGAUCCGACUACUUAACCCAGUUCGCUGAAGAAGCCAAUGCUGAGAUCGAUCAGAUAGGCGAAAACGCCCUCAAAGAACUCGAUGAAACCGCUGCCAGGAUAAUGGAGAAUAUAGAGAGCAGAAUGCAAGCAUUUGAAGAAUCAGUAGAGUUGAACAAAGAGGAGGUUGAGAAGAACGAAAAGUUAGUAGAAGAUUUUGAGGGUCAAAUUGAGAAUGACAGAAAUGAAGGGUUGUUCUUCAAAAACUUGGGGAGAAGUACACCUAUUGACAAAACAAAAACUAAGGAGGAGAUGAAGAAGAUUAGAGAAAUUACCAAAGAGUAUGCUGGUUCCUUAACUAGGAGAAACAUUUACCUUGCACUAAUUGGGUUGGUGGCUAUUGGGAUUGUUGAUUCCUUGAUCUCUUCAUCGCCCGAUUGGCGAAAAGUUGCUGUUCUUGCAGUGAUUUUGGUGGGUUUGCUGUCUCAAAUCACCUACGAACAGAAGAUGAUUUCAGAAACAGAAAAAACACUACAGGUGAAAACUGAGGAAGAAAAAGAAUCAUGAAGUUUUUUUUUUUUUUUUUGAAACAGGAGAAAGAUCUGAGACUGUUGCAUUAUCAAGGUUUACUAGUGCAUUUUUGUACAGAAAUUUUAAGUUCUUAUAUUUCCAUUUCUAUAGCUUUCAAUUAGGGUUAGACAAGAUUAAGAUGUAGUAGGUGAGUUUCCUUUUUGAGAACUCCAUCAUAGCAGUUAGUCCAGGCUAUUCAAAUUAACAAAGCAGGGGAAGAGUGAGAGUUGAGAACUCGAGGGUCUAUCCGAUAUGGUUAAUCCCACCUUGAAGGAGGGAGGCAUUUGUAAUAAGAUAAC